GCCGCCGCCUCGUAAACGCAAUGCGAGGGGAGAGAGAGAUUAUCUGAAAGUAAUUUAAAUUUCUGUCUUUCGGUGGCUGCUUUUUCUUCAACUUUCCUCUCCUUAAUUUCGCUUCUCUUUCUGCGUCUGUCGAGAGAUUGGUCCUCUCUCUCUGGUCUUCAAAGAUCAGCAGCCAGCCAUGUCGUUCAGAGGGACAACCGCAUCAUCAGGCAUGGGUGUUGCUGAGCACAGCAAAAGCACGUAUAUGGAAUUGCAGAGAAAGAAGGUUCAUCGUUAUGUGAUCUUUAAAAUUGAUGAGAAGAAAAAAGAGGUUGUGGUUGAAAAGACUGGAAGUGCAGCAGAGAGCUAUGAUGAUUUUACUGCAUCUCUCCCUGAAAAUGAUUGUCGCUAUGCUGUCUAUGACUUCGAUUUUGUGACUUCUGAGAACUGCCAAAAGAGCAAGAUCUUUUUCAUUGCAUGGUCUCCUUCUGUGUCCCGGGUCCGUGCCAAGAUGCUAUAUGCAACAUCCAAGGACAGGUUCAGAAGGGAGCUGGAGGGCAUCCAUUAUGAGAUUCAGGCCACUGACCCAACGGAGAUGGAGCUCAAUGUGCUCAGAGAAAGGGCCAACUAAACCACCCUCUUUUCUGGGGAAACUGCUAUACUUUACUUUCCUUUCUGCUUGAACAAACACAUCUUUCUCCUUGAGUUACAAGCCUUAUGUGCAUUACCUGUUUCUAAUACAAGAGUAGCAGCAUAUUGAUGCUUCCCAGAUGGUAAAUGGUCACUGAUGAGUUAACUA